AUGCAGCCACCUAACGUCUCAUCUCUACAUUCCUCUUUUCAAGCGAUCAUAUCUUCCACAUCCCAAUCUAGCGCAACUGAUAUUUCAAAUCAACCUUGGGUGUUGCAAACCAGCCUACAGCAAAUUGAUAUGUCUGAUGAACCGACCACUUCCCAAGUCAACACACACCCGAUGAUUGAUUCCCAAAAUGCAACUCGAGAUACCAAUGUUUCAAAGAAACCUUCUGAUUUACAAGUCGCAGCUACAAAUGGAUCAGAAAUUGAGAAUCUCUUUUUUAAACGAACUGAAUUGGAAGAUGUCGUACAACAAAAAACAACAAACGUUCGAUUAAAACAAAAGACUUAUGGUGAAGUACUUACAACAGAUGAUGUCUUGAAAAGACUUAAGGAGGCCGAAGAAAUGAAGCAGUUGAAAAAGAAACGUCCAAAAUUACAAAAUACAGAAAUAGAAACGAUAAAGGCGAAAAAAUUAAAAAACAAAAGUGGACUUUUCCUCAAGUGA